AUGGGCGCAGGCUGGGAUGCGGCGAUGGACCAGAAGCUUCUCGUUGUGGCUCUGCAUGUCAAGUCUUUAGACGCCAAAGACAUCUGUGGAGGAUGGACCAGUGUAUUCACAUCAGAGAAUCUGCCGGCGCCUAUAUACUGGGCAGUCUACAAGCGCCUCCUACGGCUGAAGAAGUCGACCGGAGGCUUGGAGAGAUCUUCCAAGGUUCACAAGGCAAAGCCAAGCAGGAAAGGGGCUAAGAAGGCUGCGAAACCAAAGCGGAAGUCCCAGGACGAGGAGUCCAAUGCUACUGAGACCGACUCCGAGUUUCAAGCAGACGAUUGA